CAGUCACAACCAACGUGAGGUGCAACAUCAGCAAACCACCGUUCACCCUCACUGUGCAAAUCAGCUACCAGGGCCCGAGAGAAGAGACAAACAUGGUGAUCCUGGACAUCAAGCUGCUGUCCGGAUACAGUGAGGAUCAGAGCUCUCUGCAGCAGCUGGAGAACAACAACUCAGUGAAGCGUGUGGAUUUGGAGGAAGGACACGUCCUCAUCUAUUUAGACGAGUUGAAGAAGAAGGAUUUAAAGACCUUCAGUCUGACUUUGGAGGAGGAAGAGUCUGUCAGAGACCUGAAACCAGCCGCGAUCAAAGUCUACGAUUACUACCAGACAAGUGAUGAGGCCGUGUCUGACUACACCUCUCCUUGUGCAGGUGUAAAGGGUUAGUGGUAAAAACACAACACCUGGAAAUCCUUCAGGAAAGUCUGACAGGGCGUCUUUCAGCUGCAAGAAUCAAUGUUUAAAGAAAUAAACUUCUACAUAUACAC